UACAUAAAUUGUUGUUUCAACAUAAUGAAAUUGACAUUAAUGAUCUGUUUCUAAGGCCAUAAAACGUUUUUUGUAGGCAUGAACCUGAAGUAAAACAUAAUCAUCAAUAGAUACAAAUACAAUUUAAAUAUAAUUAAUUAUCUUUUACUAAAAUAAAUAAAGGUAUCUGGGAAUGUUGUUAUAACUAUAAAUCUACCCAAUUUUAUUUUCUGUUUCUUUCUACGAAAUGAAACUUACAAAGUCUGACAUGUGACCAAUUAUAAAAGGUUUGAUCUUCAAAUUCGCGUAAAAAAAAACCUUCAACACAUUAUGAGUGGAUUAGUAGAAUAUGAAUUAUCAGAUAAUGAAUCAGAUAAUGAAAACAACGAAUUUAAUUUAUUAUCAGUUGAUUAUAAAACUGAUGAAGAAGGGGAAAGUGAAGAAAGGAAAGAAAAUAGUUCAGAGGAAAAGCUACUGAAACGUAAACAAUUUGACGAUUUAGACGAUGAGCAUGUAGUAAUAAGUAAAAAAAGAGAGUCAAUAUUAAAAGAAGAAACUCCACGAAAAGAUUUACCACCGCUUCCUUCAGAUUUUUUACAAUUGUAUCCAGGCAAGAAAGAUUACACUAAACAUAUCGAUGAUCCAUCGAAGCAUCAAGGUCGAAUAAGAUCUAAACCGCAUGUUGAAGGUGAUUGGGCUACUCACGUUUAUGUUGAUGUUACACUUACAGAGGAAGCGGAUCAUAUUAUAAAUAAAAUCGAAGAAUUAGCAAAAGAAGUUGUUAGUAAAGAUGGGAUCAAAAUUAUUUCAUGUAUUGAAGACCAUCAAGAUAAUAAUUCGUUAAACGAACUUGAUCCUAACGGUCAUUGUGAAGAAACAAAAUUACAUAUUAGUUUAUCGAAACCUUUAUUUUUAAAAUAUCAUCAGAUUGAACAUUUUUGGAAUAAACUAAGAAAUGGGUUUUUGAAUUGGAAAAGGUUUUCUUUGUCAUUUGCUAAUAUUACUAGUUUUUCUAAUGAUGAUAAGAAUAGAUCUUUCUUGGCGCUAGAAGUUGGUAAAGGAUCAAAUGAGCUAAAGUCGAUGGUUGAUCAUGUUAAUAAAGUGGCCGAAGAUUUUCGACAAAAACCAUUUUACGAGAAUCCACGAUUUCAUGCAAGCAUUCUAUGGGCACUUGGAGAAACAAGUAUAGACCGUUCUUUAUGUGAUGCAAUUAAAGAAACUGAGUAUUUUGAAUCAAUAACACAACACGUUUUUAAUAUUGAAAAUAUGGUUUGUAAAAUUGGAAAUAAGACAUUUACUUUAGAUUUAAAAUAAAAUAAAAAAAGAUGAAUACGGAAAAAAAGUUAAUGAUC